AUUACUUAUAACUUCUAGUAUCACACAUAGUUUUUGUACCAACCUACCUUCAGUAUUAACUUUUUAUCAUGAGGAUUGCAAUGUUACUCGUCCAAACGUAUCUAGUCAUAUUUAUGGCGCUUCAUGUACAACCGGCAGUGCUUAGGACACACAACGGAUGCAGGCAUAUGAGUAAGAAGCAACAAAGAAAAAUGGAACAAGAAUUGUGGACGGACUUUCCACACUGGACCUUCUUUCUGAUCCCGGUAUUCCGUCAAUAUGCUACCGGAAAUCCAUCGAGUGUAAUCAAGAACACUCUGUCCAACAGGUCUCCAUCAGAAAUCCUCUACGGUGAAUACGGUAGCAGAUGCCCGCGUAUGGCGAAUGUGGACUGUCCUGUUUACUACGUGCUGAAUCAUGAUGAAAACAGAAUCCCCGAGAAUAUAGUGCACGCCCGCUGUUCUUGUACGGAUUGUAUACGCAAUAAAACGGAUAUAAAUGGGUGCCGUCCGGUGAAUGUCCAUAUUCUAGUCUGGCGAAGAGACAAGAAGACCUGUGAUUAUUUCAGAUCUCUGGAACCCGUACCGGUCUCCUGCCAAUGUGCCACCACCAUACAUAAAGCUAAACCAUUAUGACUUGAGUAACUUUGACUUGAGUAUCCAGUGAACAUUUAUAACUCGCAUUUUUAUAGUGAUGCAAGUGGAUUAACUUAAACAUCUAAGUAUAUCAAAGGAAAGGACGGUAUUAAGAGUGUAAAUAUGUUAUCUGUUACUUUUAUUUAUUCUAAGUCAGCUUUAGAAGUAUUUUUUUUACUGAUAUUAUUUUGAUAUUUGAACAAGUUACAUAUUGUCAAAUGAUUUACUCAAUUUUACAUUUCAUGUGCUCUAAUUGUAAAAUGUUUUUACGCAUGUUACUUUUUAUGGAGGCAAUGGGGUCUGUGCUUAUAUUAUUUAGGAUGCUAUUCAUUUUGUCAUUGAUAAUUUGCUGUUGAUUUAUUUUUUAAUUUCACCUUUAUUAUAGUUUAUACUGCA